AGCAGGAGCAGUCGUGAGUUGAGCUCAGUGGAGAGCGAGCGGAGCUUCCUGGACGGGCUCAGACCGCGGAGGCAGAGCUCCCACACGGAGACACGGUCCUGACGGGGGGAGCCGCGGGGCUGCUGCGAUGUUUUUCCACUUCCAUCAAACUCCAGUUCAGUGAGGAAGACCGUGUCCAGGGCCGCGGCGGGAGCUUCACAGGCCAACAGCAGGUUACGACAGAGGCAGGCUCUUUUAUCAACAUAUGUUCCUCUGAGAGGACCGCUGCUGCGGAUCUGGAAGCUGCUCCCACACCUCAGGCAAGGUUCAUGGCGACCGUAGAUCAUCAUCAUCAUCAUCAUCAUCAUCAAGGCCAGCGGAAGGCCUAGAGCCACCCUGCCUCCUCCCACCAUGGCCAACAGGAGUCCCUCCAUUCACCUGGAAGCCAGGGAUCCGUCACCAGUGAUGGCCGCCGCCGGUCCCCCGAGUAGCCAGGAUGUGUUCUGCAAGCUGUGCCUCAGCCUGCAGCCGCUCGCCGUCAUCAGGGAGCUGGAGGGCUGCAAGUGCACGUUCUGUACAGCGUGUUUGCAACAGUACGUCCAGUUGUCCAUAAUGGAGGGUGGCGGCGCUGCAAUCACCUGUCCGGAUAUGGCCUGCCCAAAAACCGGAGCCCUGCUCGACUCAGAGGUCGCCAGUUUAGCAGCUCCGUAUCAGGUGGAGCUGUACCAGCGCCUGAAGUUUGAGAGAGGUGUGAAGCUGGACCCCAGCAAAGCGUGGUGCCCGGUGCUUGAAUGUCAGGCAGUGUGCAGUGUGCAGGCGACCACCGAGGGCCGGCCCGGCGCCGUGGCCUGCCCCGCCUGUCACAUUGUUUUCUGCUCCAGCUGCAGAGGCCCCUGGCUGGAGGGCCACACCUGCCCCGAGGGCCAGCCCAUGAUGCUACCCCCACUGUCUCCUGAAAGCAGCGACCCGGAGGCGUCCAUCAAGCAGUGCCCCAUGUGUGGCGUUUACAUCGAGAGGAACCAGGGCUGUGCACAGAUGCUCUGCAAGAGCUGCAAGCACACCUUCUGCUGGUACUGCCUGCAGAAUCUGGAUGGGGACAUCUUCCUGAGGCAUUACGAUAAGGGCCCCUGCAGAAACAAGCUGGGACACUCCAGGGCCUCUGUAAUGUGGAACCGGACGCAGGUGGUGGGCAUCCUGGUGGGGGUCAGCAUCAUCGUCCUGGUGACGUCUCCGCUCCUCCUGCUGGCGUCGCCCUGCAUCCUGUGCUGCAUGUGCAAACCCUGCAGCAGGAAGCAGAAGAAGAAGAAGAGGAAGAGAGACUCCAGCCUCCCAGAGCCCCCCUCCUCCUCAUCCUCAUAGCAGCUUCAGCCCCCAUGUGCCUGAACCGGGAUGACUCCACUGGCCUCAAUAACACCAGAAGGUGGAAACUGCUGGAAGAACUUUGGAAACAAACUUUUAUUUUAUUUUUUAUUUUUUUCUCUAAAGGCUGUGGAGCCUUCAGCGGGCCGCCUUCAUAAAUAAAUCACUGUUUCUGUGUAAAUAUGUGGAAUGUAAGUCCGUCGCCAUGCAGCGGUUACCGUGGCAGCCUGGAACUGGACGCCUGGGACUCGAAUGUUUUCCUGCACAGGGCUCUUUUUAUUUUUUUUUCUUUCUGCAACGCUCCUCUGUACACACACACACACACACGCACACACACCCACACACAUCCAGUUGAAAGUGCAAAGCCACCCUCAUGUGCCAAACAUCAACGAUGCCAAACCAGAGGCGUUAAGGGCUCAGGUGCCUCUGCAGUGCCAGGUGCUCGGUCCGUUUCGUUUUGCCUUCCAUUCUGCUGAUUUAUUAUGCAAAAAAAAGACUGCAGUUGUAAUCAUGGGAGAAGUUUUAGGUGAUAUAAAAAUGUUCUUUAUUAAUGUGUGAAGGCAAAUGGUGUAAGUCUGUGGAGAUGAGAUGUAAUAAGCAGGACUUUAGGGGCGUUUCCACCUGACAUGAUCCAGACCAAAGGCUGUAAUAUAAAACCUGUACUUUGCAAAAACAUGUUAAUUUAAUAUUUAUGAUUUAUCUGUCUGUCUGUUCUGUCAUUUCUACUUUUUCUGUUGAUGUUUCAGCGUUUUCUAAAUGCACCAUUACAAAUAACAAAAACCUGAAAGUUG